AUGGCAGACCAAGCCAACAGCACGCUCGGCUCGCACCAGCACCAGGAGGGAGGUUCGAGCCCGGCUGAGGGAAACACCACCCUUGUUUCUACCCCAAAGGGAGGAAACAUUAGGCACUCUCAAUACGCAGAGGCCAUUGCCAACCCCCUGCCGGAGCUUGCGGUGACUCCUGAGGAGGAGGGAACGGAGCUCGAGACGUUCCCCAGGCUGUCGGAGAUCGAGUUCGACGUGUCUGGCUGUUCCACUCGCGCUGUUGUGGAACCGGACGACCUGAGCGACCAUCGUUCCGCUGCCGUUGUCUACGUGGGAGAGAAGCCCAGUGUGUGGCGCAAGUACAGGACCGCUUUCAUCAUCACGCUCGUCCUCCUGGUCCUGGGCCUUACUGGCACCAUCGUCGGCGUCGUGUCCAGUUUCCGUGUCCUCAUCUCCAUCGAAGUCGUCAUCGUCCUCGAUGGCCUCUUCCCACUCUGUAUUCCCUACCCUGUCCCGCUUGCCGGGGCAUCAUCGUGGCAACCCAGCCAGGUGGUGCCUCUUUUGCAUGCAAGAAUUCCUCCCCAACUGCCGUUCAACGUCCCCACCCCCAGCCAGUGCGCUGAUGCUUCCGGUUUCCUCACCUCCGUCUCGUUCAUGGGAGUCCAGGGCGGCCCCAGCAACGGCGGCUGGAAGACGGCCUACUGCGGCUCCGCGAGCAACGCAAAAGAUUGCUGCGCGUGCUGCUUCAGAAACAAAGACGGCUGCAACUCCUGGGCAUAUUACGCGAGCUCGGGCUUCGCCGGAACCCGCUGCGCCCUCAUCGUCGGCUGGGAUACGGGUGACGGCAAGGACUCGACUUGUCCGGCAGGCCACGACGCCACGGUCUACUUCAGCACCGAGUCGGAUGACUCUAGCGAUGCGGGUGCUCCCGGACCGUGUGGUAUUAUGGCCGACUAG